AUGGGUGACUUUUUCCUGCACGCCUUGGUCGUCGACUUGGAGCAGACGCAGCGCGCAUUGCCUCUGCACUGUUUGUUUUGCGUGCCUCAGCCCCGGUCGUUUCUUGUGGACGAAGUAGUAACCCAAGACGUACUGUAUACACACUUUCUCACUUCUGAAGGCACUAACGAUAAACCGGCUAGUCGUCUUGGCGAGUAUCGUACACUUAAUGGUAAACAAGUACGUAUCUUGGGGUCUCAUGUUCAUACCAAAAAAGGGUUUAAUGAUCGUAGACAAGUGAGAAUCUUGCUGUCUGAGAAGAAAGAGGUCCACCAUCAAAUAGUGACUGUAUUGCACAUUAGUCGUCCUCUAGAAGGAGGCAUUGAGAUCCCAGACGAUCCCAAUGAAAUUGACGUUGCGACUUUUCGAAAGUAUACAGCCAUUCUACGAUCAUUCCCUGAGAACGAGCUGGUGUUUUACCAAUUAGAUGAGACAAUCAAUCAAGUACACCGAAUUUGUGCUCAAGAGCAAGUGUAUGAGAGGUAUAAAGAGACGUUGCCAGUAAGCUUGAGGCAAGAGUGGGAAGCUGCAGUAGAUGAAUUGAUUCAUGCAGGGAGUUUGGAUAGUGUCGAAGAGGAAGAUCGAUUACAGAUAAGACAUGGAGGAGGAGAGAGUCAUUUACUGCAGCUUCAGCAAGUUGUCGAGUGCUACUUAAUGGAGAGUUUGUAUGACUUGGUUUAUCCAAGAGUAGUGGCAAGCUGUUACGAUAUGGACAGGAAGUUGCAACAAGUCAUGUAUCGUAUGAGACACUAUACUCCAGAAGAUUUCGGACUUCGUAAGGAGUUUCAGUGUUUUGCGGCGGAAGCGCGAGAUACACUUCUUACCGUUGUUGAAAAGAAAACACCAUUGCAUAUGCUGCUAGUUCUCAAAACCUGCAUUGAUCAAAUUAGCGACGCGAUAAGUCGGAAUGUCAAGCUGCGUCGAUUAGACUCUGAGGCGUAUCAGUUGACAACAGACGAUAUCUUGGACCAGCUACUAUUUGUGGUACUACGGGCAUUUUACCACGUAACGCGCAAAUUAACGGGAAGGGAUGUAUGUCCAGUAUCACCAUUUCCCAUUGCAGCCGUGAUAAAGUACAUAUCCGACUACCACUUCAUUAACUUGAAUACGACAGCGCUAGGCUUCACUAUCGCAAACUUUCAAGUGGCUAUCGAGUAUUUCCUGAAGCGUGGGGAUCACAGAGAUGAUUGCAAGGAGUGUUUGGAACUCGCUUCGCAAGACGGAAACGCUGGAAGUCGCUGCUUGCAGAUGAUUGCAGAGUCGAGCUGCGUUCGGGCUGCCCAUAAGAUUCGACGAGAUCUUAUGAAGGAUGUAGAGGACGUGGAGCUUGCACGACGAGAUACGAAGACUGUGACUGGGCAAAAAUGUUUGCCAGUCGUUCUUGAAUCUACUCGUGAUGUGACGUCCAUGAGAAGUAUAUCAGUAGUUGGUGAAUGGUCUUCGCCGAUUGAUGAUGGUCACGAAGUGGAAGCUAAUGCCUCAUUAGGUGGCUUGCUUGCUGUUCAUCCUGUUGAAUUUGUUGUUAAUGGAAAAAAAUCCGUAAAGAGUGACACCAAUGUACUUCAAGUAAGCGGUGGGCAACGUUUUUUUGCUUCAGUAAUGGAAGAUGGCAAAUUGUUCAUGUGGGGAGACAGCUCCGGUGGCCGUUUGGGAUACGCUCUUGCUGAUGGAGAUUCGCGACGAGUGAACUGUCCACAGCGUGUAUUCACCUUAGAGCAGCAGACGAUCACUCAGGUGGCAUGUGGAGCUUUUCAUACGCUGGCCACAGAUUUAAAUGGACAUGUUUUUGCGUGGGGUAGCAACUCCAGAGGGCAAUUGGGAUUUCUAUCACCAGGCUCUUCGGCAAUAACAAUGGAGACACCGUCCGUUGUAGGAGCUCUUCGAGGGGCGCGCAUAAGUUCUGUUGCUUGCGGCGAGUACCAUUCCUUGGCCCUUUCGUCCGAUGGCUGCAUAUUCUCAUGGGGUUGCAAUAAGUACGGUAAACUUGGUCGUACUGCAGAGGGGUUGCUAGAGAUGGCGAAACCUAGACUACUCGAUGCGGACUGGACAGGAUGGUCAAUGGAUACGAAGUCCAAGAUAAGGAGUGGAGAAAAAAGCGUUGUCAGCCGCAUCGCUGCGGGAAAAGAUCAUUCGCUUGCCAUUAGCAGUGAUGGAGCGGUAUUUACAUGGGGGCGUGGUGACUCUGGGCAGCUUGGACACGGCUGCUACAUGGAUGUCACCGAGCCAAUGCAGGUUAUGGCUAUAGCUGGUACCUCUGGCCUAGUAGACGUCGCAGGAGGGAAUACUUUUUCGCUUUUUCUGGUCGAAAAUGGAACAGCAUACAUCUGCGGACGGGACCCUUCGCUCAAUGCUGAUAAGCUGCUUCUCUCGCCAUCACUGCUGUCACUUCCAUCUCAACUUGCGCAUAAGUUCUUGGGGCAGAUCGUUUCAGUCUCUUGCGGCGAAAUGCACUACGCCCUUUUGUCAAAAUGUGGAGCGCUUCUAGUCUCCUUCGGAAGCUUUUUCCAGCCCUCACUCGUUGUCGGAUCAACAACAGACGAAUUGCAGGAGAGGCGUGUAGCCUGGGUGAAAGAGGCUGGCAUAGUGCGUCAGAUGACUUGUGGAGCAUCUCAUACGAUCGUCGUUGCCUAA